AGUGUCGCUGCGGCAUUGAUGGAGUGAGGUCACGUCCGAAUGCGCCAUGGAUCGACGCUUAAAAUCUCGAAUUGAUAAAAUAAUGGAGUUGGCCUCUGAAGCCGAAAUUGAAGAAAAAUAUUGUAAUACUCAGGGAUAUGGCUACGAAUCAAGCGAGGAGCAAGAAACAAGAAAAACAGUUGAAGGGUCGCGUCAUCAGGAUCCAAUAGUUGCAGAAACGGUUAUUGACAAAGAAAAAACUAGUGAUAUCCAGGAAGAAGGCAACAUAUUAAUAGGGACGCAAGAAGUAAGAAAACCAGUUGAAGAGUCGCGGGACCUUCCAAUUGCUGCGGAAACGGUUUGUGACAAUAAUAAGAGGAACACGACACAAGAGAAUUCUUCAAAAUACCUACUAGAUGACUUGAGAAUUUCCGAUUCAUCAGACGAUGGUGAUUUUGGAUCAUCUAGCAGUGAUGAUUAUAUUUGCGCUACUGAUGAAUCGUCGUCAUCCAGUGAUAAUGAAAGAACUUCAGCUAAAAAGAAAAGAACGACUACGUCGUCGGUGAGACAUACCUCCAAUAUUACAGUUCCAGAAACACCCCCGUCGCCCAUGAGCACAUCAGAGAACCCUGUUCCUGGUUGCUCUUUCUGGGAACGCAACGGUAUGAAUAGUGACGGGAAAAAGAAAAAAACAAGAAAAAGUGUCAAGGAGAGAAGACAGGAUAGAGCAAGGAGAAAAUUGUUUCGUAAUACUGGCUUAGAAUAUAUAACGACAUCAGGGAAAACAAAGAAACGUCGGCAACUUCAUGAACUUGAAAACUGCCGUCAAAAAUGCAAGCAGAGACUACCACAGGACUUGAGGGAGAAACUUUUUGAACAGUACUGGAGUUUAGGUAGUUACGAAAAUAGAACUAAAUACAUUGCGAAAUGUAUUGAAGUCUGCCAAAAAAAAACUUCGAAGUUUUCUCCAAAGAAAAAACGCAACGUCAGCUUUCGUUACUUUGUACAUGGUUUUGAUCAUACAAAACAUCCAAUUUGCAAAGGAUGUUUUUUGAAGACUUUUGAUGAAAGUCACAAAUAUCUACAAACGGUAUGCGAGAAACUACGAGACAAUGGCGGUCAUCUUCCUCAGCGUAAACGUCGAGUUGGUAAGUCAAUUCCUGAUUUCAAACUAGAGGAAAUAAAAGAACAUAUUGCUUGUUUCCCUUGCACAGAAAGCCACUACGGCCGCAACAAAACCACUAAAAAGUUUUUGAAUUCCGAGCUCAACCUUCAAGUUCUUUAUAACUUAUACAAACUGAAGACUGAUGCUCCAGUAAGCAAAACCAUCUUUAAAAAGGUCUUUGAAACCAUGAACUUAUCCUUUAAAAAGCCAUCUGUAGACACUUGUUCAAAAUGUGACCGCAUCAAUAUGAAACUCAAGUAUGCAUCUGUGGAUCAGGCUGCAAAUCUGAUAGAGACGUUCAAGGAGCAUCAAGAGGCGUUUAAGGCUGCUUACGAAGAGAAAAAGGCAGAUAAACAACUGGCUCAAUCGAGCGAAGUUGUAGCUGUCAUAACAUUUGAUUUGCAACAAUGUUUACCCACCCCGUACUUGCAAACGAAUGUUGCAUUUUAUAAGCGACAAUUGUGGACAUUUAAUUUGACCAUACACGAUUUGAAAACAAACAAGGCUUUCUGUUACAUGUGGCCGGAGUGUGAGGGUAAUAGAGGGGCUAAUGACAUUGCUUCGUGUUUAUAUGAUUUUAUUAUAAAUCAACUACCAAACUUACACCCAAACGCUAAGAAGCUGAUCAUGUUCUCGGACUCUUGUUCUGGCCAAAACAAGAAUUCGAUUGUAACAACAAUGUUAAUGCUAGUUACUAGACUAUCCCCACAAUUACAAUUUAUUGAACAUAAAUUUCUCGUACCUGGCCAUACACACAUGGAGGCUGACACCGACCAUGCAUUGAUUGAGCGUAAAAAGAAGAUCACGAAUAUGGAUAUACACUUGCCAAGAGAUUGGUACCAACUAGUGCGUACAGCUUCAAACAAAACAGCCAAGUUUACUGUUAUCGAAAUGACUCAUGAAAUGUUUUAUGAUUUUAACAUUUUCGUAAAGCAAUCUUUUACUUUUAGGAAAACGAAUACAGCCAAUGAAAAGUUUUUGUGGUUGAACGUUAGAUCUGUUCUUUAUAACGAAGAAAACAUAUCCUGUUUUUCUUACAAAAAAGAGUUCAAAGAUGUUGAGUACUUGACCAUGGACUGUUCUAAACGGGGGAAAACUUAUGAUAAUAUAUUUACGAUUAAUAUGGUACCAAAAGCUUACCACUCUAAACUUCCUAUUUCAACCGAUAAGAAGAAAGAUCUAUUAAAUUUGUUAUGUUUUAUUCAUGAAAGCGCUCAUGAGUUUUACAGAAGUCUGAGCUGCAAAAAUGAUGUCAAAGACAGUCCAGCGGAUAAUGACGAUGAUUCAGAUGGUGAAUAGGUUCCGGUUCAUAUUAUAACUUAUAGAUCGAAAGACUUUGUUAUUUUUUUAUUGCUUUGUUAACGUUAGUCUACAUACAGGUGGGCAUAUUAUAAUAAUUUAAAAAGGUUCAAUUCUGAUUUGAGUAUAAGUAUUUUUUUAGUUAACAUUAUAAUCAUUUAAGACGAGUUAUCCAUCUCAGAGUGCAAUUUAUUAUCUACCUCUAUGGAACACCUGUUAAAAUUUGAAGUGUUGAAAAAUUUUGUUUGUUUGUUUGUUAUUUUCCUAGAUUUUUAGAUUAAGACAUGAUUGUGAUACUUUGUAUUGUACUUAGUAGGUUAAUAUUGCUUAUCGUGAUACCUAAAGAUAGAUCUGUGCCAUUUCUUAGAUUUUAAGUUUAAAAUUACUUGCUAACUUUUUUACAAAUGAUAAGUUCCUAUUGAGAAUAGUUAAGCUACAUUCAUAUUGUUAAAUCGUGAUUAUUUGAUCUCAAUUUACUUUUCUUAAGAAUUUUGAUAAAUUUGUGCCUUAAAUUUGAGUGAAUUAUUUAUUUUGAAAAAGUUUAAUAAACGUUGAUUAUUUUUCU